AUGCCAUCAAGGCAACGAUCUCAGCAAAGCCGACUAAACGUUUCUGAGUUAGCAGCUGUCGGAUUGCAUCGAAGGAUUUUAAAUGGCUCUACUUCAAAAAGUCUAGUUCCUACUCCUGAUAUUCCAUACAUUCCUUCAUUGAGAUUCAGUCCCAGGAUUUUAGCUCGAAAGGAAUCAGUUACUAACCUGAUUGACGAUAAAAUUGAUGAAAAAUCACUUCCGAGACUGUCUUUCUCGCCGCGGCGGAACUCGUAUACGGACCUAGAGGACUGGAAUAUUCUGAACUACCUUAUUGCAAACGAUCUCCUAGACGAAGUGAACAGACGUAGAACCUGGACCAAACUCGAAGAAGCCGGAUUGGUGAACCACUCAUCGGAGUCAAUGAGGAGUCACUUCAUUCACAACAUUAUUCACCGUCUGCCCCAGGUCCUACGAAUCACGCCUGAAGGAAAGACAAAAUCGGCGACCCCUGGUUUCGUGAAGAAGCUUCAACAACGGCUAUUCGCUAGCCUCAAGAUUCAUUUAUCGGUUAUUUCUGAGACUGAUGUUUCUUCUGCUGACGUAUCCUGCAUCACUAGCGACAAUUCAGUGCAUGAUGGAGACCCUAGGAAUUUUACUCCUCCCAAUGUUCCCCGACCACCGCUUUCAAAAAUUGCAAAAUUAGUGGAGUACGAUGAUAACCAGCCACAACCGAAUCAGUCGAUCCCUGAAGAGCUUUCAAACGAUCCAUCUCCUAGUCCUAGUAUACUUGCUAACGCCCCUUCAAACAAUUCGUUUCCUUCGCUUCACAGCCAGCGUAUAUCGGCGGGUACAGACGAAUCCCGCAUUGUUGGUAAUUGUACUCGGUCCAGGCAUUCUUCCCCAAAGGUACCUGACAUUUCUGACACACCGUCCUCCUGCCACAACAAAAUCGCUAGCAGUGAUCCGGAAUGUGCUUCCAUGCGCUUUUGUCUCACACGUCAUCAAGAAUGUGAUUUGGUCGAGUCGGAUGGUCCUAUCCCUCGCUCAGGUCCUUCGGCAUACCAAAAAUCAGUUCUCCAUAGAGUCCAUGUUUCUCCAAAAUCUGACCUGGCUGUCGAGAAUGCGCCUCAAUUUUCGUUUAUGGAUCCGCAACGCGAAGCAGAUAUUUCUACAGUCAUCUCCAGAACUGUGGACUUUGGCCGCCAACUUGACUUCUUUGCUCGGCGCUUUUAUCUCGCCCUUGGUGAAGCAGCAUUGCUCCUCCAUGUUACCAGUGGUGACUUCGUGGUUGCCGAGCGCCUGGCUUCCACAGGAGACACUGCAGGCCUCCCACUACUCUGGUUUCCCUCCGACGACGACCUGCUCCUCUCCGUUUCGCCAUCCGACGUGCAGGCAGUCUUUCAAAAGUUCGGCGCGGAGGAAGUUUCUCGGCGUUUGCAGUACCACUCGGACCAGUCACUAUUUUCGUCCUGCCCUUAA